ACGCUCAGCCGUGAAAAAACAAAACUUUCUAACGCUAUUAUUACUGCGGGAAAGGGCAACUUUUGUGCUCAGAGUUCUAUUCGAAUCCUAUCAUUCACUCCCGACGAUAGUGCUCUUCCGCUGCUCCCCAACUCUCACAUACAGAACAACAGUUCUUGAAGUUGUAAAGAAGGAGAGUUAUGAAAGAAUGCGUUGCAAGAACGACAAUACAUGUAGAACAAAAGACCAUGCGCAAUCCAUGAGCAGCAGCAGACGCAGAGGCGAAUAUAUAUUGGAAUAUACAGUGGAACUCACUUUUAAAAUACGUACCUGGAAAAUACGGUUAAUAUUCUGAUUCUGAUUUUACCGGCACCUCACUGUGGUAACUGAUUCAUGAUGAAUGCCACAUGAAAACGUUUGAUUCGCAACUCGGCUGUUGCACCGUGACUGCUGAUGAGCGCGUUUACAUUCGUCAUUUCAAUACUACAGUUUCAAAAAUAUUUCUGUAAUUGUGGUACAGUCAUGUAGUUCCUGGCUAGUCGUCUCUCUCAAGUGCAUGAGAAGUGGAUGUGCUUUUUGUUCUUGUGAUGCAAUGUAGCAAGCAGACGUGAGCAGAGGAGGAAGGAAGUGUUCUCAAGCUGCAUCGCAGACAUUGUCUACGAGCGAGUACUACUCAUGGGCCCUGGUCGCGGUGGAAAAACUGGAGUGUUGAGGUCGCUGCAAGACAAGAAGUUCACGAAGACUGCUAGUACACUUGGCAUAGACAUGGAAAAGCUUACCUUCACCCUGGAUAAGAGCGAAAGAGGAGUGUACCAGUUGGAGCCAACGAAUGCGUCAGAUCACCUAGCCCUGUUGUCUGCCUCAAUCGUCGACAAAAUUAUCGGUACUGGAGCUGACUCUCGUCAAGGUGAUGUCAGCGGUACAAACGCCUUCCGGCGUCUGGCAGCUGGAGCAGCUGAUGCAGUUUGGGAGGUACUGAGCGGCACGUAUUUCAAGCGGUUGGAACAGACUUCUGGUUUGGGUGAGAACACACUGUUUGUUGACGUGUGGGAUUUGGCAGGGCAGAUGCCAUUCCACGCGUUACACGACCUUGUGUUUUCACCCGAACGCACCACGUACUGCGUCGUCUUCGAUGCCAGCAUCAAACCGGAUACACCGUAUGCAGAUAUCCUGACUGAUGAAGAUGGCGAUGACAAUCAGCUCAACAUCAACCAACCCACCUCUACCUACUUUGAUGUCAUCGACUCGUGGCUAUGUACAGCCCGCGAAGCACUUACCGACAACUCCACAGCGCCGAUUUUCCUCAUUGGCACACACCUGGAUCGUAUGUCGAAAGAAGAUGUUCGCAAACGAAGGAAACAACUGCAACAACUGACGCUCGGCAAGAAGUAUACUGACGGCCUUCAUCCGAUCAUCUUUGUUAACAACACUCUGUCUGGGUCAAAGGUUGACCAAGGAGUUGCAGAGUUGCGUGAACAGUUAGCCUGCGUCAUCAAAUCCCGUCGCAGAGAGAAGUUGCCAAUCUUGUGGCUGCCAUUCCCAGAGGUACUGGAGGCGAUUGCACACAAGACGUCAUCAUUCAUCAUGAGCUACGACAGGGUAUGCACCAUCGCUCAGGAUGCAUUUGGUGAUACUGACGUGGAUGUGCCUCGUCUCUUGAGCUUGAACCAGUCGCUUGGCUAUCUCAUUGUCUUUGAUGAUGAGGGUAGGCACUUUCCAUCGGCUACAGCUAGUAUGCCACCUGUUGGAGCAGCACAAGAAUCAUCAGAAUCCACACCACGAGCAGCACCACUACAAUCAGCAGCAGCAGCAGCAGCAGCAGCGCCCACGUCACAAUCUCAGCCACAAGCCAUGGCAGAAGGAGUACCAGCCGCAGCUUUUGGCCAUAGAAAAAAGGUUCUAGCUAGCACCCCAUGGCUGAUGUCAGCAUCCAAGGCUGUCCUUUUGCCAGCACCUAAGUCGUAUAAGCAAGCUGCCGAGUUCAAGGAGCAGUACAAGCUGCUAAAUGAUGGCAUCCUGUGCGAGUCGCUAGCCAUUCACCGAUGGCAGCAGGAGAAGGCCACUGAAUGUCUGGUGCGAUCUCAGGAGCAGCGCCGGAGUCUCUUUUCACUGCUAGCGUCUCAUGGCGUAGUCUACGAUGCUGGAGAAGAUGAUCCAUUUUGUACAGGGUACAAAGUCUAUUAUGUGCCAGCCCUUGCCCAGUGUAAGCCGUCACAAGUGCUAGAGUCCGAAUCAGCGCCGCUCUACCUGGUGGCCGAAGAUCCAGACAGGAGCAUCACUCAAGCACAUUUUGGCCGAAUCACCGUGCGAUGCUUGCAGAAAUACCAACCGCACCGAACAAAGGAUUUGCGUAUGGGCCUCAACGUCUCUAUGAGGUGCCAGAAUGAGUUUCAGCUUCAGCUCUCCUAUUCUUCCACAGCCAUUUGCAUCACAGUGGACAGCGACAAGCGCGAGAAGACAAUAGAUUACUGCGAGUCUGUUGUUCGCUUCAUUCUCAGUGCCACCACAGAGCUGCAGCAGCUGUAUGGCCAGCGUCUGCUGCGCCUCCAUCCCAGCAUUGCGUGCCUGUGCCGCAAUGACAGGCCAUGCCAGCUUCAUAACCAGCAGCACUGCAGGAGCACCGGGUGCCAGCACUUUGCAGAGAUUGGCAAAGACGUCCGACCAAUUCGCUGUGGCCUAAGGCAAGCGCAUACCGACCGGCCAACGUGGGAUAGAUGGAUCAAGCCGCUCUACCUGGAGUGCAAUGUUGAUGACUUGUGUCGCUUAGUUGUUGACGACGCUGCUGGAUUGGAUGAUGAUGACAAUCCAUGGUGUGAUAUUCGCUACAAGAGGCACCAUAAGUGGUUUGUCGAGAAUCUUCCACCAGAGGAGACUCGCGUUGAGGCGCUCUCAAACGGGCUGAUUAUGACGAGUUUUCAACGCCGCCUGAUGGAUGUCCGUGUUCGUGCUGAUCACAAUGAAAAAUUGCUGCAGGAAGCUUCUGCAGGCGGGCGUGGGACAUUCAAGCUGUUCCUGAAGGUCCUUGAUGAGCUUGGCCGCAACUUUGUGAAUGUGCGGGCGGAGCUGCAAGCGCUAGUGUCGUCUGAUACUGACAGCACUGCUGCCAUGACCAACUUGUCUUUGCCGUUACAAGGUGCAGUGAGUGCAGUGAGUGCAGUGAGUGCAGCUGGAGUGUCUCGUCCGCAGGUGUCCGCGCUUCAGUUCAUACCAGGGGCAACGGUAACAGAGUCCGGGAGAAUGUUGGAGGAAAUCCGUGACCAAGAGAGUCUCUGCCGCCAACUGAACGCAAUCUUCAGCGAGGAAGAGCGAGAUGACCUGGCCUGUGCUGUUGUGGAGGAAGUGACUGGAGACGGGAAUAAAUUUGAGAAGGUCAUCACAGACGCAUGCCGCAGCCGUCGCCAGCAAGCGCCUGAUCAUCGUGAUGCGAAGGCCAUCCUCAGCUACUGGAUGCGUAAGCGUAACAGUCCACCAUGCACAGAUCACAUGAUCGAGCUGGUGCGUGACGUGUGCCCCUUUCGUGUCUGUGACAUCAAGUUGCUGCUGGGUUCGACCGAGCCAUCCAACUGAGCCAGUGACCUGUUUACGCCACUCCAUCGCCAUGGAAACCAGCAUCACCAUGGCUACCAGCAUCACCAUGGGUCACCAUGGAUAUAAGUAACACGAGUUCAUGUGAUCAUUGUAUAUACCGUACCCUGGACCAACAGUAGCCGCAGCUUUAGUUCUGCUUAACGUGCUACGCUGUAUGUCAUGUCAUAGCCACCUUCCGAGUCUCUGUGCUUUCCCUCUCCUCCAACCGUCGCUAAUUCUGACCUGCUUUUCUCCUCCAUUGCAGUGCAAUGUGCUGCAAGCAUUCUUGUUUUCGAUGGCCGUUGCUUUUCUUUGUUUUUUAAGUGUUCCUCUCAGUAGUCUGUGUGUGUGUGUGUGUGUGUGUGUGUGUGUGUGUGUGUGUGUGUGUGUGUCCGGAGUGGCGUACCAUUACCCGGCGACCACCCAAGGCACCCUCUGCUGCUGGCUACGGUUGCGCCUGCGGCCGCAUGUUACGUCAAAGCGGCGACCUAAAACGCCAUCAGCUGUUUGUUUGUAUGCUUGAAAUCUCUAGUGUCAUGUCUUUACUAGCCACUUACACACUCUAGUUAAACCGCCUCGCUAAUGCAAAUUUUAACUGCACUACGCAGUGCACGUACACGGAAUGCAGCUGCAUUCCAAUUGCGCGAAACGCUUCCCCCUAUUUCUUGUGUAUAUGCUGCUACUAGUGCUCGCCGUGUCCGCUAUCACGCGAUUGCUGCACAUUGCUCUGUGUCUGCCUGCCAGAGCCUGUGCAGUGGUCCAGUCCGCUGGGCUGCACUGUACAUGUACAUGGUUCUCUCUCUCUUUCUCUCUCUCUCUCUCGCUCUCUCUCUCUCUCUCUCGCCCUCUCUCUCUCUCUCUCUCUCUCUCUCUUUCUCUCUCUUUCUCUCUCUUUCUCUCUCUCUCUCUCUCUCUCUCUCUCUCUCUCUCUCUCUCUCUCUCUCUCUCUCUCUUUCUCUCUCUCUUUCUCUCUUAGUCUUAUUCUCUCUCUCUUUCUCUCUUUCUCUCUGUCUUUCUCUCUCUCUCUCUGUCUUUCUCUCUCUCUCUCCUCUCCUCGCUCCCUCUCUCGCUCUCUCUCUCGCUCUCUCUUUCUGUCUCCUUGCCCCUUUUCGGCGUUUCUUGUCUCGGAUCAAACCUCUAUUAUGUUGUCAAUCUUUCUAUCUCAAUGUCGGCAGUACCUGUUCUGCAUUUAUGUCCUCUCUAUAGCCUUAUAGGCAGUAGAAAUAAAAUGAGAAAGACA